AUGGGUUUGAAUGACACCUCUAUGUCCAAACUAGGAGCAAUUUUGAUGCUCAAGCCCUUUUCUUCUGUUGGGACUGUGUAUAGUAUUUUGCUAUCUGAUGAAAAGCAAAGACAAGUCUCAACCUCAUCUCAGUUCCCAAGCACCUCUGCUUCAUUCAGUGUGGGUGUCUCUAGACAAGAUAUUCCUCCAAGGGUCCCUUAUGAACAAAAUAAAUCCUCUUUGUUGUGCAAGUACUGCAAGAAACCAGGGCACACCAUAGACAAGUGUUAUAAACUUCUUGGUUACCCUUCCAAUUUCAAAUUCAUUAAAUCUGCUCCUACUAGAAAAAAAGUUGCACAUGUUGAGUUGGACACAAAUGUGACAUCUGAUCCUGGUGCACAAAGCUCUGGGUCUGGUUCUGAGAUUGGUUCCAUCUCAAAUGAGCAACUCUCACCUAUACCUGGACUUACCAAAGAUCAGCAUUCUCAACUGAUACAGCUGCUCCAACAACACCAUCCUUAUGCAUCAUCUGGACCAAACCUUGUAGCCUCUGUUAACUUUGUUGAGCGCAACAUGUGGGACGCAAAGAAUGCUUUGAGAAGACGCAGUUGCACAGCAAAGUGUGAUAGAGAAUUUUUGGUGAGGUUGCGAGGUCUGCGACACAACAUGCGGCUCUCAAAGCGCGCUUUGCGACGCCGCAAACCUCGCAGCAUGUUGUGUCAGUUUGACUGCUUUGCCCUUUUUACCAAGACAAACUGCUUCAUACAAGGCCCUUCAAUGAGGAAGCCUCUGGUUCUUGGCAAACUAGACAAAGGACUGUACAAGCUGCUUCAAUCUCCUGCAUUUGUUUCUUCACCAAGUAUAUCUGUUGAUUCAUCUGUUUCUGGUUUUUUCAAUAGUGUUCCUAUCGUAUGUACUUCUGCAUCCAAUUCUAUUGUUCUUGUUUCUAGUUGUAUUCCUGACUCUGUUGUUUCUUCUAUUGUUCCUGAUGGUUCACAUAUUUCUAGCAAUGUAUCUACUAUCUCUACUGAUAAAGGCUACUUGGACUCACCUCUUGGGUUCCAAAAGCAAUGCUUUACUCUUCUAAAGGCUUUUAUUGCCAUGGUUGAAACUCAAUUCCAUUCUAUAGUUCAGGCUGUUAGAAGUGAUAAUGCUUUAGAACUUGGCUCUAGUAACUUAGGCAUUCAAUGCUUUGCUGAUAAAGGAAUAAUUCACCAAACUUCUUGUCCUCAUACACCCCAACAUAAUGGGGUGGUUGAAAGGAAACAUAUGCACCUACUUGAGACUGCUAGAGCUUUAUUGUUUCAAUUUAGUCUCCCCAUAAGAUUCUGGGUUUUCCAUGGGCAUCCACCAACUUAUGAUCACCUGAGAGAUUUUGGGUAUCUUUGUUACUCAACUGUCCCUAAACCUCACAGGGACAAGUUCAAACCCCAUGUUGUUCCUUAUGUUUUUAUAGGCUACCCCUUUGCCAAAAAGGGUUACAAACUUUACAACCUUGUGUCUAAAUCUUGCUUCAUCUCCAGGGAUGUUCACUUCCAUGAACACCUUUUUCCUUUCUCUUCUUCUGGUACUCCGUCUCCCGCCCCUUCUACUUCUCUUCUAUCCUGUUUGUUUGAUGAUACAGUUCCUACCAAUUCUUCUUCUACUGUAUUUCCUCCAAACACAAACAAUGAUUCUCCUCUUGACUCAUCUCCUCCUCCUAUCUCUCCUUCUACUGUCUCCUCUCCACCUUUAUUUUCCCAUUCCACUCUUUCUCCUUCCCUUUUUCCACCUGUCCCUUCUCCCGCUGCUCUUUCUUCUCCUUCUCUUGUUCCUAGGAAGUCUGCUAGGGGUCACCGUCCACCUUCUUAUCUUGAUGAUUUCAUCUGUUCCUUUCCUCCUUCCAUCUCCAAAUCAGUUUCCUUUGUUUCUACUUUAGGACAACCUACUGCCUUUGAGCCACACUCUUAUUCUCAGGCUUCUACUCUCUUUGAGUGGCAGGAUGCCAUGAGGGCAGAAUUUGAGGCUCUUGAAGCUAAUGGGACUUGGGAUGUUGUCCCCUUUCCACUUGGCAAGAAACCAAUUGGAUGUAAGUGA